AUGCUACUGACGAUUGACAGCCUUGACACAUUAUCAGAUGCUAUGCGUAAAGCCGGACUGGAAAACACGAACAUGAUUUUCGGAAUCGACUACACUGCCAGCAAUAAAUACCAAGGUGAAGAUUCGUUUGGCGGACGAUCUCUGCACACUAUACAUCCAAACGUAAAGAAUCCUUACCAGCAGGUAAUGACCAUUCUUGGUCGUACUCUAGCUCCGUUUGCCAGCACGGGUCGCAUCCCAGUAUUUGGCUUUGGUGACGCCAAAACUGGCGAUUGGAGUGUUUUUCCUCUAAAACAAAAUGGUGACUGCACAUCUCUUGAAGAAGUGCUCAAGGUAUACAACGAAGUAACGCCAACUGUAGAUCUCAGUGGACCUACAAAUUUUGCUCCCCUCAUAUAUCAAGCCAUGGAGAUUUGUCAGGCUGCCAGCGAUUACCAUAUACUGGUAAUAAUUGCUGACGGUCAAGUGACUAAUGAACGAGCGACCAGACGGGCAAUCGUGCAAGCAUGUCAGUAUCCACUUUCGAUCAUCGUAGUUGGUGUCGGUGAUGGACCUUGGGAAAUGAUGAGGGUGUGUAUCUUCAAUUGCCUUUGA